AUGGUGCCAGCUCGCCUCGCGUCGUUUUGCCCGCCGCGCCACUGCUCUCUCCUCCGUUACGCCCUCGCGCCUGCCGCGCCGGGGGCGGCGCCCUGCUCGCCCUCUCCACGCUGCCGGCCCAUCCGCCCCUCCCCAUCAAUCCCCUCGCCGCUUGCCUCGACGCUGCGGCCGACGCCGCCACCGCCGCCGCCGCUGCAGGAUCAGCCGGUGAAGCUCGCCAAGGUGACCAAGGUGCUUGGUCGCACCGGCCAGACUGGCCAGGUCUCGCAGGUCCGCGUCGAGUUCCUCGACGACCCCUCGCGCUCGAUUGUCCGCAACGUCAAGGGGCCGAUCCGCGAGGGCGACAUCCUCAUGCUGCUCGAGUGGGAGCGCGAGGCGAGGAGGCUGCGCUAG